CAGACCCAUUCUUAACACUUGAACAGCUCUUUGAUUCCCAUUCCUACCCAGAGAGUCCAAAAUAUUCUGACUAUUCUCUUCUCUGUUCUUCACUCCACCUUUCAUAUUUCGUUUCUCACCUUUUACAUGAAUAUUUGCGCAAAAAUCUCUUAGUUUUGAGAGCAAUCUCUCUCCAGUUCUGCUCUAGCAAGCGUACUUCUCUGGAUCACUGGCCUUCUAGCAAGAAAUACCAGCCAGUAACUUUCUUUUUCUCCUUAAUCUGUUCUCUCUGUUUGUGAGAAACAUCAAUCUUUUCUCUUGCAUCCCAUUAUCUAAUUUUUUUUUUUCAUUUUUCAACAUAUUAAAGACCAGUUUACCCCACCAAUAUCCUCAUUUUGAGAGGCAAAGGGGCAGUUUUUUAGUACCCUGUGUCCUCCUCUGCUUUCUCCUGGAAAAUAUAAUCUCACAACGAAAAUUAGGAGAAAAAUGGAUCGACUUCAAGGAAAUAAGGCUUGGGUCUUUGAUAAUAGUGCUGACAUUCGAUCUUCGUUGUCAAAUCUCAUAUUAGAAGGUGGCACGAACACCUUGGAUUCAAUCUUUUCUCAUUGCCAGCCAUCAACCCCCAUGCCCAACCAUGUUUUUGAGCCACUAGGCUCUUCUGUAUAUCUCCGCCAAAGAGAUUUACUCCAAAAGUUUUACGAUGAGAACAGAGCAAACCCAGCAAUCUCACGAACUUCGCUAAUCAACCCAUUUCAGAACUCUGUUUACCCACAAAAUUUUGGUACUCCCUUAAAGAAAAAGCUGUACAGAGGAGUGAGACAGAGGCAUUGGGGCAAAUGGGUAGCUGAAAUAAGACUUCCUCAGAACAGAUUGAGAGUUUGGUUGGGAACUUAUGAAACAGCUGAAGCUGCGGCCUAUGCUUAUGACAGAGCAGCCUAUAAGCUUCGUGGUGAAUAUGCACGGUUGAAUUUUCCGAAUCUUUGCGACGCAAGCAAGUUUGGAUUCGAAGAUUGUGCUAAAUUGAAUGCUUUGAAGAGUGCUGUGGAUGCAAAAAUCCAAGCCAUUUGUCAAAAGGUUAAGAGAGAGAAAGCAAACAAGAGAGGUAAGAAAAGGAGUUCUAGGGGUAAUGGAGAUAAGGGUAAUGAGAGUAAAAACGUGAUGACGGUUGAUUCAUCUUCGUCGUGCUCGUUGAUGUCAUCGUCAAUGACUGGCAAUGGCAGUUGGAGUAAUAAAAUGGUGUCAGCAAGUAAUUCUGAAGAUGGGCUCUGGAUGGGAGAGAAUUCACAAUGCUCUGUUUCCGGCGAGUUUCCGGCGGCACCGGAUGAAUCAGAGUUGGAAGGUUGUUCACUGGCGCGUUUGCCUUCCUUUGAUCCAGAGUUGAUUUGGGAAGUUCUUGCCAGUUAGAAGAAAAUUUUACUCUGUUCUUGAGUUAAUUAGAAUUUCAACUUUUUACCACAGAAACAAAAAUAAAAACUGUUGUUUCUGUUUUUAUUUUUUUUGAAAACAAAAAAAGGAAAGUUCUGGCUCAAUUCAUCAAGCUAUCAAGUCCAAGUGUUUC